AUGGUUGUGAAAGGAAUGACGGUUGUGAAGGAUAUGAUGCUUGUGAAGGAUAUGAUGCUUGCGAAGGGUAUGAUGGCCUGUUUAUUGAUGAUCCACCAUACGAAGCAUUCUCAAUCAGUCGCGGUAUUGGUUCAGAACCUUCAUAUCGAGAGGAUCGUGCAGGGUAUCCAGGUACCCAUCGUCGUGGGCUUGUUCUUCUCUCCGGGGGAUGCAUCACUUCCGAAGGGUAUGAGAUAA